UACAGCUGCUGGUGAUUAGAGGAGAGUCUGGUGUGAGCAGGGAAACGCUCUGAAGUAGAGCACAGGACUAGAAAGCACUGAUAUUGAUACGUCUUUCGACGCGCACACAGUCCAUUCCAACGCGCUCCAUAACGGGAUUUCUGCGCCAUUCCGAGCGUCUGUCACUGCGCAGGGCCGGAGCCGAAACGCGGGCGAGGACGCAGAGCGGGCAGGAAUACGAUGAUCGCGGACAUUCGUAAAGCGAACUCCGUGGCCAGCUGUGUUCGAGCCGAAGCGGCGAUCUACCCAGACUCCCCCGUGUCCUCGGCACCGGAGAACGGCCAGCUUCUCCUCCGCAGCGGCGCGUGCACGAGGGGCACGAGCACGAGCGCGUCCAGCGCCAACGCGGACCGAGGCAGCACGGACAGCGCCUCCGCGGCGGCUCGCGCCAUGACCUCUGGGUGCGAAUUCCCGCCGUCUGCGCCGCCCUUCGUCCCGCGUUCCGCCAAGAACCUCUUCUACAAGCUGCUGUGCUUCGCCUUGCUCGUGCUGCAGGGCGGCAUCCUGGACUUCUACCUCAUAGCGUUCACCGACCUGUACUGGUGCUCAUGGAUAGCCACGGACCUUGUGGUGGUCUCCGGCUGGGCCAUCUUCUUCGUCCGCAACGCUAGGAGCAAGCGCGAGCGAGCGUGCGGCUUCCGCCAAAAGAGCUCGCUCUUCGGCUGUCACCUGGGCGAGUUCGCGUUCGCGCACCUCGCGUGGCUCGUCUACGUGAUCGCGUGCGCGCCGAAGGUGGCGCUCGUGCUGCAGACAUCCAUCCUGGAGCUGGUGGCGCGCGAGGUGCCGCUGGGCGCCGCCGGCUUUGAGGCCACCGCGCUGCUCGCCGCGCCGCUGCUCUUCUGCCUCAUUAACUCGCUGGUGGAGGAUCCGCACGGCGCGCCGCGCUACCACUCGCAGAGCUGCUUCGUGAGCACGUGCGUGGACGUGCUGGACAGCUUCACGCUCGUAGAUUUGCUGCUUGUGCAAAACGAGAUCCCCAACAACGCGUACCUGAAGUACGGUGUGAUGGCGGCGUACUUCGUGGCGCUGGCCGUGCCGGUGCUCUGGCUCUACGAGCUUUCCGCUGCCUCGCGGAUGCGCUGCCGCUGGAUGUGCGCGCGGUUCCUUAGCGGCGUGCUGCUCGACGCGCCUCUGCUCGCCGUCAGAUGCUUGCUCGUGUUCCUCUACGACAUGCCCGUGUCACUUUUUAUGUUCAAGAACGUCUUUUUCUUGGCGUGCAAGUGCCUGGAGUUAGUGGAGCAGUGCGCCAGCCUGAGGAGUGCGCGCAGGCUGGCACGCGGAGGAGACCCGGCCCAGUUCUCCCACUGCGUCUCGGAGAACGACAUGUGCCCGCGCGGCUACGUUAACACGCUGGCUGUUAACACCCAGCCCUAGAUGCUGCUGCGGAAAAUAAACUGGGACGCGCACUGACAGGAUUUUCCCAAGAACUCACCAUAUAACCAGCCUUAUGAAACGCCGUCGCAAGACCAACAUCUCAACAGGUGCUACAACCACACAAACAAACCGACGUGGAAAAGGCAGACUCUCGCGCGCUACUCCCUGUGUGCUACAAGUGUUUACCUAGGGUGUGACAGAACGGCUUUUACACACCCUAAUGCGCAGGUCACAGAGGGCGUGUAUUUGAGCCCAUUACUGAAAAGUGAGCAGCUGGGAGUGGGCGUGGCUUUAACUCUAUAGCUGGGCAUCUUGGCAUUGACGUUGUUAGCCAGUAACCUAACCUGCCCGGAUUUCUAAAUCAAGGAAAACUCCACCCUGAAACACUUUAAAUAUGUUUAUACUGAACUAUUUGUGAUGUGCUUAGUGCUGCUAAUUUGUUGUUUGGUGCUGUCUUUUCCUUAUUUUCGUGAGAAAUUAUUAGUUGCGUGCCAGUCUGAACGUUUCUAGGGCAGUUAAAAUGGCGUUUAGUAGACCAAACGUUUUCAACACUCUCAAACGUAAGUGAUAACAGUCAGAUUUUGCUGUUAAAAACAAAAGAGCAGAAGCUUCGUUUCUCGCUCAGCAUUUUUCCAGGACGUUCCAUGUCAUACUAAUGAAAAAUCCAACAUGGAAGUGGCCCAGGCAGCAAACGCCGGACUCAAAAGUCCAGAAUGCAAUGCAGUUACACGACGCAGUUACGCUGAGUUACGCCAGAGACGCCGCUCGGCUAGUUAGCAGUCUAGGAGAUGACGAGUGUGAUGGUGUCAGCACUAUUAGCAUGAAAGUUGAAGAUUGGAACAUUAUCUGUUUGACAUGUCGAUGAAAAAAGUUUAAACCAAAACGUAAACUCCGAAUUUAAUCAUAAAAUAAAUCAUUGAAAAAUCACAUAUGGUCAUUCAGGGUGGAUUUUUCCUUACCAAAUAGCUAUCAUAAGCUGACCUGACAGGAUUUCUUAAGGGGACCUUCUGUUCAUAGGUGUUCAUAAUCUGCACUGUAAACACUAACUAGCUAACCUGCACUGCACUGACAGGAUUUCUGAAGGGAUUUACUAAUAUUCGCAAGUGUAGUAUUCAUAGUCUUCACUGCCAAUGCUAGCUAGCUGGCUAACAAGCUUACUUUACAGGAGAUCUGAUUGAUGAAAUCAUAAAUACUCCUAACUCUUGCAGUGCAUGUCUGUGAGUCAGAUGUACAGCCUCAAAGUCCACGCUUCUGAGAUUUUUUUUACUUACUUGUAUUCCAAUAUCUUUUGAACCGUAUGACAUACAAAACCAACUAAAACCAACUGUAAAGGGUGUCCAGGAUAUUUUGGACAUACUAUACACUGUCCACUUUAAUGGGAACACCUGUACACCUGCUCAUUUAUACAUUUAUCUAAUCAGCCAAUCAGGUAGCAGCAGCACAAUGCAUAAAAUGCAGACACAGGUUGAUCAUGGGCACGGGCUCAUUGAAACUGGAUAGUUGAAGGUUACAAAAAAAAAAAAUGCUCUUUUUCUAGUCUUCAGCCGUCCAGUGUGGGUGAGUCUGUGCCCAUGAUAGCCUCAGACUCCUGUUCCUGGCUGACAGGAGUGGAACCUGAUCUUCUGUUGUUGUAGCUCAUCCACCUCAAGGUUGAUGUUUUGUGCAUGCUGAGAUGCUUUUCUGCUCGCCACGGUUAUAAAGAGUGCUUAUUUGGGUUACUAUAGACUUCCUGGCAGCUCAGACACCAGUCUGGUCAUUCUCCUCUUAUCUCUCUCAGAUAAGGUUAAA